AUGUCGGUUCUUGUUAAUGGUAGUCCCACUAGGGAGUUUGGGGUUUCUAGAGGUUUGGGACAAGGUGAUCCGCUAUCACCUUUUCUUUAUGUGAUAGUGGCGGAAGGUCUAACGGGGUUAGUUAGGAAAUCCAUCGAGGUUGGAGAUUUUUUUAGAGGUACUAUAAAUGGCUCUUGUUGGGUGGAUAUUCUUCAAUUUGCGGACUACACUUUAAUAGUGGGAGAAGGUUCUUGGAAAGAUGUUUGGGCGAUAAAAGUGGUGCUUCGAGCGUUUGAAUUUGUGUCGGGUCUCGGUAUUAAUUAUCAUAAGAGUAAAUUGAUUGGAAUUAAUACUUCUAACAAUUUUUUGGAGGCCGCUUCUUUUUUUCUCUCUUGUAAGGUGGAGGAGAGCAAUUUCUAUUUCCUUGGCAUUCCCACAGGUUUUAAUCCAAUGAAGGAGUCUACAUGGAAUCCUCUUUUGUCAAAGAUGAAGAAUCGUUUGGAGGGGUGGACAAAUUGGUUUCUAAACUUGGGAGAUAGGAUCACUCUUUUGAAGUCUAUUUUGAGCUCUUUAGCAAUAUUCACCAUGUCUUUUUAUAAAAUGCCGGCGAAAGUGGUGAAAAAGUUUACUAGGAUCCAAAGUAAAUUUUUGUGGGGGGGCUUGGAGGAAAGAAGGAAGAUUCAUUGGGUGAGUAGGAAGGAUGUCAAUUUACCAUUUGAGAAAGUGGGAUUGGAGGUGAAAAAUAUUGCGAUGUUCAAUUUAGCUCUUCUUAACAAAUUAGAUGACAGAUUUUGCAAGGAGGAAUAUCCGGAUUUAUUCUUGGUGUCUAGCUUGAAGAGGGUGUUGGUGGCGGUAAUGGGGGCUUGGAAAGAAGUUAUGUGGCAAUGGGGUGAUUUUGGCAUUAAUCCGGCGUUUUUGGAAACUCUCAAAUUUUUGGUUCAUUAUAAUUCUUUUCUCGAGCGGUUGGAAGGUUUUAAUAGGCAUGAGGAAGGAAAAGACAAGGUAGAAUGA